AACUACAUUAUUCACAUUAGCACAUUUCUUUGGAUGUGAAUGUUAACAUUCCCGAAAAUGAAAACCUUCCCUUAACGUAGCCCGCCAAUCCACACCGCGCUGCGAUUUGAAACCCCAAUUUUUCCCUCGCUCUCUCUCUCUCUCUCUCUCACAGAUAAGGCACACUUUCUCUCUCUACAUCCGUGGCCAUCCCACACAGAUUUUCUGGUUUUUGGUAUAUGGGCAUGGUUAAGUUAAUGAACUGUCUUCACAGAUGACUAAAGAAAGUUAUUCAAGGCAAGAGCAAUAAGUACCGUCUUUAGAUUUAUGCCCAUCCUCUUGAUCUUUUGCCCUGAGUUAGCCGUGAGUGGAAUUGUGUUUGGCAAGUUGCUGUUUUCAUAUGUUGUUUUUGAGGGGACCAUAAGUUGCAAUAGGCAAAGAUGUUAAGUAGUGAUGAAGGAACAACACAUGAGUGGAACCAAUUCCGUUGGAGGUUCUAAAUGUGGUGACAAACUGCCUAGAGUUAACUGGUUGCAACAUGCCAAUGCACAUGAUAGUUUUUCAAACCAAAAUAAGUUAUUGAGUUCAAAUUUUCUUUACUCGUUGUCUGCACAAAAACCUUGUACUGGAGCAUCAACAAGCGCAAGGUCAAUGGCUUGUCAGGUUCUGAAUCUUCAAAGCGUGCAGGCCACACAAGUUGAAAAGGCUUGGCAAGUUCUUUCCAGUCGUCAUUUAUCUUGCAGGAACUAUGCAAAACCUGGAAAAACUGUACCAGUUGUUAAGGACGUUAAUGCUAACGCAUUGCAGAAUGUCAGAAGAACUACUCAGCAAAGCCUAUCAAAUGUGAAUAACAGCUUUUCAGGACAUAUGCAAACACACACAAAUUUAAGUGGAACAAAUGCCAAAAUUGGUGAAUCCACACAGUGCAUUGGUGUUUCUUUUCCAUUACAUCCAAGUAGCGUAGCAGAAGAUGGAAAGGUUUCAAAGGGGCAAAAUGAGAGGUAUACAUCAAUGAUCAAUAGUUCUUUUGCACGAGCUACAAAUGGAAUAUCCAGCAAUCAUAUGGCACAGACAAGUCAAGUGAAAGGUUCUGUGGACAUGUCUCCCGAUUGUAUUGGUGAUGACGACAUACUCGAGAACAUUGAUGUGGACCAAAUAGUUUUGGAACACUACCAAUCAACUUGCACACCUCAACCAUCAAUUUCAAAGCUUCCCCCUAUUACUCCAACUGUAGGUAAAAAUAAUGCUGCAAGAGAUGAGACAUGUUUGCCACCAGAGUUGUGCUCGAACUGCAGUCAUGGUUCUAUGCUAGGACUUUGUCCAGAAGCGUCAAAUCAUUUACAAGAUAUGAAGGACAUGCUCAUUGCCAUAUCAAAUGAGCUUCUUGACAAUGCUGCUGACCUAAGUUCAGAUCAAAUAGAGAAGCUUCGCCAUGACAGGUUGAAGCUGAAUAAGCAAGUUCAACAGCUUGAGAAAUAUCUUCAAACUAUACCAGUUGAUGAGGAAAGACAAAAAUCGCAAUUUUCUGCAUCCACUGCCCCUCCUAGAGCUUUUCAAUAUGGGACUCCAACAUUCGAAUUCAGGAUUGAUUCCACUAGGGCUGAUGCACAGUCUCAAAUCAUCAAUCGUGCUGAUGGAUAUGAUGGGUGGAACUCAUCCUCAUUUUCAUCUUCCGUAGAUAUGUUUGGUGCUUCCUCAUUCCCUGUGGAGAGAGAACCGUAUGUUCCAAAGUAUGUUGAAGUCAAUUAUAUUGAAGGUUCAAAUGACAAAAAAUGGAGUAGUCGGGAUUUCCCUUGGACAAAUAAGCUGGAGGCCAGUAACAAGAAAGUGUUUGGAAAUCAUUCCUUUCGGCCCAACCAGAGGGAGGUGAUCAAUGCUACAAUGAGUGGACAUGAUGUUUUUGUUUUAAUGCCAACCGGAGGAGGAAAAAGCUUGACGUAUCAGCUCCCUGCUCUUAUUUGUCAAGGAAUAACAUUGGUAAUUUCACCUCUUGUGUCACUCAUCCAAGAUCAAAUAAUGCAUCUGUUGCAGGCAAACAUACCUGCUGCUUAUUUAAGUGCGAAUAUGGAGUGGACUGAUCAACAGGAGAUAUUUAGAGAGCUUUGCUCAGAUUAUUGCAAAUACAAGCUUUUAUAUGUCACACCUGAGAAAGUUGCGAAAAGUGAUGUUCUGCUGCGACACUUGGAGAGCCUACAUGCUCGUGAAUCUCUUGCUCGGAUUGUUAUUGAUGAAGCUCAUUGUGUAAGCCAAUGGGGACAUGAUUUUAGACCAGACUACCAGGGUCUUGGUCUCUUGAAAAGGAAGUUUCCAAAUACACCAGUUUUGGCUUUGACUGCGACUGCCACUGCUAGUGUCAAAGAAGAUGUAGUGCAGGCUCUUGGUCUUGUCAACUGCAUUGUUUUUCGGCAAAGUUUCAACCGGCCAAAUCUAUGGUAUUCUGUUAUUCCCAAGACAAAAAAAUGCGUGGAAGACAUCGAUAAGUUCAUUAAAGAAAAUCAUUUUGAUGAAUGUGGGAUCAUUUAUUGUCUCUCAAGAAUGGACUGUGAAAAAGUUGCUGAAAAGUUACAGGAAUGCGGACAUAAAGCAGCUUUUUACCAUGGGAGUAUGGAUCCUGCUCAACGUGCUUUUAUUCAGAAGCAGUGGAGCAGGGAUGAGAUUAAUAUCAUAUGUGCAACUGUGGCAUUUGGAAUGGGUAUCAACAAACCUGAUGUUCGCUUUGUCAUUCAUCAUUCUCUUCCUAAAUCCAUUGAAGGCUAUCAUCAGGAAUGUGGUCGUGCUGGUAGAGAUGGUCAGCGUUCAUCUUGUGUGUUGUAUUACAGUUACAGUGAUUAUAUCAGAGUCAAGCAUAUGAUUACUCAAGGAGCCGUGGAGCAAAGUCCAUUGCCAUCUGCAUAUAAGCGUACAAAUAUGGAUAAUUCAGGAAGGUUACGGGAGACAAAUACUGAAAAUAUUCGAAGAAUGGUCAGUUACUGUGAAAAUGAUGUUGAUUGUCGACGUCUGCUACAACUUAUUCAUUUUGGUGAAAAAUUUAAUUCUUCCCACUGCAAAAGAACAUGUGACAAUUGUUCCAAGAACAAAAGCUUCAUUGAGAAGGAUGUCACUGAGACUGCAAAGCAAUUGGUUGAAGUCGUGAAGUUAACAGGGCAACAGUUCUCAUCAUCUCAUAUUGUGGAAGUCUACAGGGGCUCCUUAAGCCAAUUUGUCAAGAAACACAAACAUGAAACAUUGAAGCUGCAUGGAGCUGGAAAACAUCUAGCCAAAGGUGAAGCCUCACGUAUAUUGCACCAUCUUGUUGUUGAGGAUUUUCUUGUGGAGGAUGUAAAGAAAAGUGAUUUUUAUGGAUCUGUAUCAUCUAUAUUAAAGGUUAAUGAAUCCAAGGCUUACAACCUCUGCGUUGGUGUUCAGAAAAUAACAUUAAGAUUCCCUUCCGCUAAUGCAUGUAAAUUGAGCAAAUCCGAAGCAACUCCAGCAAAGGGCUUACUAAGACCUGGAAAGCAAAGUCCUUCCGAACCUCAACAUGGAGUUGACGUGAAUCUGUCAGCCAAACUGUAUGCUGCUCUGCGACUGCUUCGUACUAUUCUUAUUAAAGAAGGUGGGGAAGGGGUCUUGGCGCACCACAUAUUUGGAAAUGCUACAUUGCACGAGAUGAGCGUGAGCAUUCCCAGAACUAAGGAAGAACUUCUCGAGAUUCAUGGCAUUGGAAAUGUAAAGCUAAGCAAGUAUGGAGAUCGGUUUCUGGAAACCAUUGAAGCUACCAUCAAAGAACACUACAAGAUGGAGAAAAUCAGCAGCGGUAGUAAUGACAGUUUGGAUUCAAUAAAGCGGAGAAGAGAUGCAGUUAGGGUUUCCAAAGAUGGCGAUGACUUCAUGGAAAGCACAGGACGAUCAAAGAAAAGGGCACUGAAAAAGCAAAACAGAAGUGUCGAGGUUGUUGAUUUUAGCGAGGCGGAUUAUUACAACGGAUCUGCUAACGUUGAUCUAGAUUUUGAUGACACUGACUUUGACAUUGAAAAUAACGUGUCAGAUCUGAACGUGGAACGGAAUGCAGGAGGAAGAGUGCUACCUUACUGGUCAGCGCAAUGAAAAACCAAGAAAUAGUUUUAUUGGGUAGAUAAAUUAUCAUCUCAAGCAUUUCAUGUUUGAUGUUGUUUGUCAAUGCAUUUUAGGUUGUUGGAGCAAGGUUCUUGUUCCAUCGAAUGUAAUAGGAGGAUACAUUUUGAUGUGUACAGUGUAUAUCAAAGCUAGUGGGUGGCAAAUUAAAUUAAAUUUUAUUUUAUUUUCCCA